UUCACACAAGAUAAUCUUUUUGUGAAAGUUUUUUCUCACCUCCUUUUUCCCGAGCCUCUCUUCGCUCGCUUAGCUUCAUUUUUCUUAAGGAAAAAAAAAAAUUAUAAUGGGAGGCUGCGCGAGCAAACCCAAGGACUUGGACGUUGCCGAAAAGGCACCAGAAACGGUCGAGGCACCAGCUGUUGCCACCGACAAGGCCGAGGCUGAGCCAGCACUUCAAGAGGCGAAAGAUGGAGAUGAAAGCAAGGACAAAGCUGUGGUAGAAGCCUCUGAGCCAUCUCAGAAAGCCGCAAAGACAGAAGAAGCCGAGGCCAAGCCAGCUGAAGAACCAAAGGAGGCUAAAGCCGAGGCUCAGGAGACGCCUAAAGAGGAGACAAAGGAGGCAGAAAAUGGUGCCAAAGCUUAGAAUAAGCAACUGCCACAAAAAGCUGAAUAAAAAAAAGAAAAAAGAAAA